AUGACCAUUAUUGUCUUGGUCUAUCGGGAGCAUCAGUUACAUACUCCAAUGUAUUUCUUCCUCAGCAACUUGUCUAUCCUGGACAUAUUAUCUACAACUGUGACUCUUCAUAAGACUCUUACCGCCUUCAUCACUGGAGUUAAAAUGGUGUCUUUUGCUGAAUGUAUGGCCCACGCUUAUUUCUUCAUGGCCUUGGAAUGCACAGAACUUCUGAUAUUAGGCGUCAUGAGUUACGAUCGGUACAUGGCUGUCUGUAACCCCUUGCAUUAUCACAUGAUCAUGAGUUAUCGAAUCUGUGCACUGUUGGCCGCCAUAUGCUGGAUGUUAGGUUUUGUGGAAGUUAUUCCUCAUACCUGUAUAUUAUCUCAUUUCAAUUGUUACACCACAAAUGUUAUCAACCACUUCUUCUGUGAUGUUCUACCACUUAUGAAAAUUUCCUGUAGUGAUGUGUCAUUACUAAAACUCUGGAUUGCCACAGAAGGUGUAUUUGUUUCAGGCCUCAUACCCUUAUCUAUGACCCUCAUCCCUUAUGUCUUCAUAAUACUUGUCAUACUAAAAAUGAAGACUAAUAUUGGUAGACGUAAGGCUUUCUACACAUGUUCCUCACAUCUCACCAUUGUGGUUCUUCUCUAUGUGACUCUUUACUGUUUAUAUUUGUCGCCAACUUCUGAAAACUCCUUAGAUUCUCACAAACUUUUUUCCCUUUUUAAUACAGCUGCUGUACCCCUCCUGAACCCUCUCAUUUACAGCCUGAAAAACAAGGAGGUGAAGUCGGCAACUAAGAAGUUGUUAAACUUUUUUUCUGCCAAAUUCAAACUUGUAUACUUCAAUGUGCAAAGGUGCCCCAAACUCUUAUAA